AGGAGACAAUGGCAAAUCUACAAAUGAAAGAGGCAGCCCUUGUCUAUCUUGACAGAAGUGGGGGCCUUCAAAAGUUUAUGGAUGACUGCAAGUUCUACGAUGAUUCGAAACAAAGUUAUGCUGUUUAUCGGUUCAAUGUUUUAGUAAACCCCUCUGAUGUUGUCGAAUUAGAUGCUGAACUUGGAAAUCACAUUUUACACCAUCCCUUAAAAGCUGCUCAAGUUUUUCAAUCAGUCUGCUUCGUUGCUGUCAAGACUCUCUCCUUAAUUGGACAGUUACAGACUGAAACUCAAAUCAGUAUUGUGCUGAAGUUAACACACUUACCAGCCCUGCCAAGUUAUAGUCUUGACCUUUGUGAGUUUCCACUUAGUUAUACAUCUCAGAGAUUUUAUAUGAUGCAAGGAAUUGUGAUUGCAAUGACAACUGUAACCAAGUACACACAAGGUGCAAGAUUCCUCUGCUCAGAUGAAGUCUGCCCUCUUUCCAAAGGAUUUCAGUAUAUAAGAGUCCAUGUGCCUGGUGCUACCGAAUCUGCAACAGUAAGAAAUGACUUUUUGUGCAGUCUGUGCUCAUCUUCACUUCAAGAAGACAGAAAAUUUAGAGUACUUGGUGUAACCACAGAUGAACUAGUGAAUAAAAUGAAAAUAGGAAAUGAAUAUAAAAUUAUUGGAAUCCCAGUCUGUAUCAAAACUUCACAAACUGCUCUCUGUGUAGAAGCAAAUAGUAUCACUCCUUACCCAGCAAAAGUUCCUUCAGGAAUUAGUGAAAACUUUAGGUGUCUCCUGUCCUUGACUUCGGCUUCAUGUUGGAAAUUCACGGCAGUACUUGCCAAUGUCUUUGCAUCGCAGAUCAUUCCUCCUGGGACUUACAAUUUGCUCAAACUCUGUUUGCUGAUGAGUCUAGUACAGACAAGCGAUAGCAACAGGGACCCACAAGACUGCCUGGAUAUUUUAAUUAUAACCACUGACACUCUGCUUGUAGAUAGACUUUUGAAUUAUAGCAUGAAUCUUGUCUCCCGUGGUAUACGUCACCCUGUCUCUACUGAAGUUUUUCCUACUGUGUCUAGAAAUAAAUAUGGAACUGGAGCAGUGAGCAUUCAAGCAGGCAGUGCUCUGCUAGCUAAGGGUGGGGUCUGCUUCAUAGGAGACCUGACAUCACAUAAGAAAGACAAACUCGAACAGCUUCAGUCAGUUUUGGAGAGCAGAAGCAUCACAGUCUUCAUCCCAGGAAAGAAGUUUGGGGAUGAUAUCGACCAGCAGAUGACUUUCCCUGUUCAGUGCAGUUUUUGGUCUUUUGUUGAUAUGGAUUCAUCUUCAAGGAGAACUGUGCAGAAAACCAGUGCUCCGAUUGGCCAGAUGGAUUGCAGUUUGAUUCCAGCUAAUCUUGUGGAGGCAUUUGGAUUGCUGAUUAACUGCAAUGAAUCAUCUCCUUGCCACCCACUUCUUCCCACUGUGCAGCAUACUUUAAAGAAAGCUAUGGAUCCCGAGGAGUUGCUUUAUUUAGCUUCUAAAGAGUUCACAACUGAAGAUUUUCAAAAGCUCCUGGCUUUUGCACAGAAUUUGAAUAUAGAAUUCAGCUUAGAGGCAGAACGAAUGAUUCACGGCUAUUAUCUAGCGAGUCGCAGAAUCAGAGCAGACUCUAUACACGGGUCAAAGCUGUCAGCAUCUGCAUUAAAAUACUUAGUUUCUUUAUCUGAAGCUCAUGCUCGACUGAACUUAAGGAAUAAAGUACUCAAGGAAGAUGUGCUGAUUGCAGCCUUAUUGUUUGAAAUGUCUCUCACGCUAAAAUAUGGGGCCAGUGCAUUCUGUGUCGCUCCCAAUGCACUGUUUCCAUUCGAACUGUAUAACGAAGAGUAUUUAGAGCAAAGAGACCUCUACCUGACUCAGUGCCAGCAGCAGCUCCAACAGUUUAUCGCCACAUGCGGACCUGGGACAACUCUCUUUUCUACUGACGAAUAAAACAAUCUGAGUGAAG